CCAAUCGCAGGUCAGUUGUUGCUUGUGUGACGUCGCGUGUUCAUGCACACAGCCGUGUUUUAUCAUUAGUAUUUUUGAACAUUCACUCGGUCGAGAGUCAGUGCAACUUUACUACAUUAUUUAAUCCAUUCGAAAUAAUUUUAUCCAACUGUAGCGAGUAAUUUAAGCGUGUUGUGAUUUAUACAGUGAAAUAAACAGUGUGACAGUUCUCAACGUACAUAACCUGUGUUGUUUCUUGGAACUGAACGCAGCGAUCGAGAAGAGACCUUGAUAACUAGUUCCUCGGACGAGCGAGAGCGAAGAGACAGUUAUUAUAAUAGGAUCAUUUACGCUGGAGGUACGUUUUUAGUAUACGGUUUGUGAAGUAGAACGAGUGUGUUUGCGAAUUAACAGUCCGGGAUAAGUUUAAAGUGAGGUUUAGUGCGUACGAAGUUUACUGCGGACACCUGUUGAAACUGCGAAGUGUUCAAACACUAUUAGAGCUAUGACGAAGUUAAAAUAAAUGUGUAUUUUGAUAUUGUCGUGCGCGGAAGAGCCACUGUGAGGUGUCUGCGCCUCGCGGCGAGACGUAUUCGUAAUAAAGUGCGAUGGACGUCGGCGGAGACGCCGCCGUAAUCCUAGGUACCACGGAGCAGAAUGACAGCGAACCCUCAAACUUGAAUAUUAGUGAUGUUUUUGAAGCCAUCACGCUCGCUGAUCCGUCGUUCGGCGCGGGCGUGCCGUCGGUAGAGGAGACGAUGGCGCACACGCAGCCCCAGCCGCUGCAAAUGCCGUACGUGGUCGUCGUGCAGCAGCCCGCCAGCAAAGCGCUCAGAUUUCGAUAUGAGUGCGAGGGCAGAUCAGCCGGUUCGAUUCCCGGCGCGUCGAGCACGCCCGAGAACCGAACCUUCCCCGCCAUCAAGAUAAUCGGCUACACCGGCACCGUCUCCAUCGUAGUGUCGUGUGUCACCAAAGAUGAGCCUUACAGGCCGCACCCACACAACCUGGUCGGGCGCGACCACUGCGACCGCGGCGUGUUCUCCGUCCGCACCGAGAUCACCGACGAGAAUAAUGAAUACCAGUUCCGGAACCUGGGCAUACAGUGCGUCAAGCGGCGCGACAUCGGCGAGGCGCUGCGGAUCCGAGAGGACCUGCGCGUCGAUCCGUUCAAAACCGGCUUCACCCACCGGAACCACCCGCAAGGCAUCGAUCUGAAUGCAGUGCGACUCGCGUUCCAAGUGUUCCUGCCGCACUCCAGCGGCAAGAUGCGGCGCACGCUCGCGCCCGUCGUGUCCGACGUCAUCUACGACAAGAAGGCCAUGAGCGACCUGCUCAUCAUGCGCGCGAGCCACUGCGCCGGCCCGGCGCGCGGCGGCACGCAGGUCAUACUGCUCUGUGAAAAGGUGACUCGCGAGGACACCGUGGUGGUGUUCUACCAGGAGGACAACAACCGCGUGCUGUGGGAGGAGAUGGCGAUCAUCAUCGUGGUGCACAAACAGUAUGCCAUAGCGUUCGAGACGCCGCCAUACAAGAACCCAAACAUUACUGACAAUGUCAAUGUACGAUUCCAGCUGAGAAGGCUCUCCGACAAGAUGACGAGCAACUCGCUGCCGUUCGAGUACAUUCCCGAAUACCAAGGUACAAUACGCAAACCGCUCCCCGACCUGUCGUUCCUCAGCCUUCUCCUGAACGAGAAGCGCACGGACACCAACAACAACAAGCCUGACAAGCAGGAGGCCGUCAGCUCCACCACCGACAGCGUAGCAGUGUCGGAGAGCGGUGCUGAUGUCACCGAUGUCAACGGAAACCUCGAGCCUGACGCCGACGUCGACGUCGCCGUCGACACCAACGAGAAAAGCCUCAACGAGCUGCUCGAGCAGGUCGCCGAGCUCGACGAGAUCUACUCCGAGAACCGCACGCGCCUCGAGACCAUGGCCGGCGCCGAGCCCGAGCCCGACGGCGACGCCGACGACUUCAACGACGCCGGCACCUACACGAGCUUGCAGUUGGCAUUCAAAAACCCCGUGACUAUCACGGAACCCGAACCCACGUCUUAUGAAGACGUACCAGUCCACACCUUCCGCGGACCCAUUAUAGAGUUCACGCCCCUCAAACGCGACAGUGACGACGACCGCGCACCUCCGUUGCCUCCCAAACGCGUGCGCAAAUCUACCUCCACGGAGCCGUUCAAAACGAGCCAGACGUCCGUAGACAGUAUCUUGAAGCCCGGCCGGCAGCUGCCCGUGACACGCGACCGCGACGUGCUCAAACACGAGAACCACCUGACGGUAGCCAAAAGCGAGCCGGCGCUACCGCCGGUUAAGAAACGUUCGUUCUUCUCGCGGCUGUUCCGUCGGAAAGAGAAGUCGCCGGCGCCCAGCGUGAAGUCGAGGCGGCAAGGAGCAGCGCGCUGUAAGCCGGUGGGGCGCUCCGUCAGCAGCGUGUCGGGGCAGCGGCCGUCGCGGUUCAAGUCGUCGGUGUCGCACACGUCGCUGAAGGACAACGCGUCGGGCGCGGGGCUGAGCUACGCCGACAGCGUGACGCACAUCUCGCUGCACGGGGACGACGAGCGCUCGGCGUCGGCGUCGUCGCUGCGGCGCAGUGUGGGCCCCGCGCCGCCCACGGACGGCAGCAUCCUCGUGGCGGAGAGCGUGCUGGCGCUGGACGCGUCGUCGUUCCGGCGCCUGCAGGACGAGCUGGAGCUGACGGACGCGGAGCACUACGCGCUGUACAUGGCCGUGGCGCCGCACGCCACCGCCUCCGAGUUCGACGAGACCAGCUGCUACUACUCGCCCGUGGACGGCAGCAAGUUCCACGCUCAAUAACUAUAACGGAUACUCAUUUGCAGUUCGCCCCAGAUGUUUCUGACUGGCAGCUACCUCUUCUCUUAUACGGUUUUGUAAUCUCAAACAAAAUAUAAGUGGUGGCGAACAACAUACUACCGUACGUCACAAAUUAGACUUCAAAGUACGACGAUAUUCCGUCUAAUUUUUAAUCGUGUUGCUAUCAACCUUGAAAACUGAUUAGACGAUGUGUUCACACCCCGUACUUUGAUCGUCUGCUGUCGGCUAUAUAGCAAUAAGCCUUUUGAAAAUAACGAUCAAAUUACCAAAAUGGAAUGCAGUACGAAAAAAUCACUCAAACGCGUGAUUUAGAUUCCUCGAUCGAAGGCAGAAUCUCAUGAAAA